AAGAGUUUUCCUCUAGAUUUUAGGGUUUCUCUCUCUCUCUCUCUCUCGGCAAGCGCUUCGCUUCUGUUGUCUUCUUAUCCCUCGCGCUCUUCACAGUUCCUUUCGAUUUUCUCUCUCUAGGAUAUACAUACAUACAUACAUACACAUAUACUCAUAUGUAUUUGUAUGCGUCAUCAUCGCUGCUGCGAUUCUUCCCUUUCUCUCGUCAUCUCUCUUUUCUCCAUUGAUCUCCCACUCAAUCUUCUCUACUUCUAAACCCUAACCCAAAUCUCCAAAUUCCUUUCAAAUUUCUCAAAAUAUUUAUCUAUUGUUUAUAGUGUUUUAAGCAAAUGCAGGUCACCGAUUCGGACGAACCUGUAGUUACAGAAGAGGAUCCCUCGAAAGAAGCCGAGAAAUCUGAAAAAUCGAGAGUUUUGGAGACCAAUUUAACUGGAGAUGAUGCUGAUUGCGGCUCUGUUCUUGAUGUUUCUGGAAAAAGUUUGGAUUUUUCGGUACCAAACGGGUCGGAGGAUUCGGUUGAGGGGUUGUAUAUGUAUAAGAAUGUAUUCAAUUUGAUUCCUAGGUGGUUGGGUGGUUUGAGAAAGUUGAAGACUUUGAAGUUCUUCGGGAAUGAGGUUAAUAUUUUUCCCACGGAGUUUAGGAACUUGUUUGAGCUGGAAUGCUUGCAGUUGAGGAUAACUUCGCCGAGUUUGACGGGUUUGCCUUUGCACAAGUUAAUGGCUUUGAAGGAGCUUGAGCUUUGCAAGGUGCCUCCAAGGCCUUCGGCAUUUCCUUUGUUGAGUGAGAUUGCUGGGCUCAAGGGCUUGACAAAGCUCUCUGUUUGUCACUUCUCUAUCAGAUACCUUCCUCCAGAAAUUGGCUGCCUUAAAAAAUUAGAGUAUCUAGAUCUUUCAUUCAAUAAGAUGAGGAGUUUGCCAACUGAGAUAACUUAUUUAAAUGCCUUGAUAUCAUUGAAAGUCACUAAUAAUAAAUUGGUGGAACUACCUUCUGGUUUGUCAUCCCUGCAAAGAUUGGAGACCUUGGACCUGUCAAAUAAUAGGUUAUCAUCGCUGGGUUGUCUCGAACUUGACUCAAUGCAUAACCUUCAGAAACUAAAUCUUCAGUAUAACAAGCUUCUCAGUUGUUGUCAAAUACCUUCAUGGAUAUGGUGCAAUUUGGAGGGAAAUGGUGAAGACACAUCCAAUGAUGAAUUCAUCAGUUCUGCCGUUGAAAUGGAUGUAUUUGAGGGUGAUGUUCGGGAGAUUGAUGAUAGUGUAUCUCGAAAAGGCUUCCCUGUUACCUCAUCAAACCAUUUAACUGGAUCCUCAUCAAACAGUCGGUGUUUUGCGGCACGACGGACUGGCAAGGGAUGGAAACGACGGUAUUAUUUACAACAGAGAGCUCGCCAAGAACGUUUAAACAGCAGCAGGAAGUGGAAAAGUGACGAUCAUGCCGAGUUAUUGACAGAAAAAGCAGCAGACAAAUGCAAAUCAUGCAAACAUGCUGUUCUUUCUUCAGAAUCUUGUACAUCAGGCAUUUCAGUUCCUGACAUUGAUGAUAAAGAAUUACAUUCUGGAGAAGCCAAGUGUGAAAUUACUAGCGUUGAGGACGAUGAUAUUGGUUCGAAAAAGGAGAAUCAUAUAGAUAAUUGCUCGUGUGUGACAGUUAACUCUGUUGAAAUAUGUAAAGAGGGUGAGAAGGACUGUACUAAACAUGAUGCAUCUUUGGAUGCUAUUUCAGAUGCUGCUCAGUUGCAAGAUGAAGGCUCAUCUUUGACUUUAUGUAACAGUAUUCCAAAGUCAAAAAGGCAUCCUGAUAGGGAUCUUGAUAAUCCCAAACCUAGCAAAUAUCAGAGAUCAAUUGAUGAUCACUCAGAUCUAUCUUGCAAAUAUAGCAACACAUCAUUCUGUAGCAUUGAUGACCAUCUACCAGAUGGCUUUUUUGAUGCAGGACGAGAUCGGCCCUUCAUGCCACUGAGGAGUUAUGAGCAAAAUCUGCAUCUUGAUUCACGUGAAGUCAUACUUUUAGACAGGAAAAACGAUGAAAAGUUGGAUGCCAUUGCAUUGUGUGCUCGAGCAUUAGUGUUCCAUUUUAAGCAGAUUAAUGGUUCAACCAAGGAAAGAGAACAUUUAGCAAUUGAUGACUUGCAGAUUGCGUCAUGGCUUGCUCUUUUUGUAUCAGACCACUUUGGGGGCAGUGAUAAAAGUGCAGUAAUUGAGAGGACACGGAAAGCUGUAUCUGGUUCAAACUAUAGAAAGCCCUUUAUCUGUACCUGCCCAACUGGAAACAGUGACAGUAUUAGGAAAUCCACUAGACAAAUUUCAGAGUGUGUGGAAGAUAUUGUUUUCCUUGAUCUUUGUGAGAAAUCUCUUCAAUCUAUUAAAGCAAGACAAAAUUCCAUCGUGGUUCCUAUUGGGACUCUCCAGUUUGGCAUAUGUAGACAUAGAGCAUUGCUUAUGAAGUACCUUUGUGACCGGAUGGAGCCUCGAGUACACUGUGAGCUUGUUCGGGGGUAUUUAGAUUUCUCACCGCAUGCAUGGAAUAUUGUUGUUAUCAAGAGGGGUGAUGCAUGGGUUCGCAUGAUAGUUGAUGCGUGUCAUCCACAUGAUAUAAGGGAGGAAACAGACCCAGAAUAUUUUUGCAGGUACAUUCCUCUCAGCCGGAUUAAUGUUCCUCAUGUGACAGAUAGCAAUCCUGGACCAAGUUGUUCCUUUCCUUCUCUCUCUACUAGUGAAGAAACAGAAAAAGUGGCUUCUAGCACUCUCAUCCGGUGUGAUUUUGGAUCAGUUGAGGCUGUAGCGAAGGUGUGUUUAUUGCUAAUUCCGUCCGCCGGUCCUCCACCUAUUCCGCUUAUUUUCUACACAUACCUUCCCAUCAUUGCCCAAAUCCUCUCUCUCUCGGAGGCAACCCAACAACACCCACUCGAGCUUGCUCUCGGAAUGACCAUAGUAAGCAGCAUAGUGCAAGCAGGUUCUUCCAUGAAUUGAAUCAAACAUAAAAUAUUAGCUCCAGCUUCAACUGGCGAGAAGCAUGUCCAGGUUGAAUUGGCAUUGUAUAUUGCUAGAGAUGUUGCAUGUGCAUUGGUGGAGUUGCAUUCUGAACACAUUAUUCAUCGUGACAUAAAGAGUGAAAACAUUUUGAUAGAUUUGGAUGGGAGGAGACCUGAUGGAUCGCCUAUUGUCAAGCUUUGUGAUUUUGAUAGAGCAGUCCCCCUUCGUUCUUACUUGCAUUCAUGCUGCAUUGCUCAGAUUGGAAUACCUCCACCGAAUGUUUGUGUUGGAACACCUCGUUGGAUGGCUCCUGAGGUGUUUCGGGCAAUGCAUAAGCCUGACAUAUAUGGGCUGGAAGUGGAUAUUUGGUCGUUUGGGUGCUUGAUAUUGGAAUUGUUAACUUUGCAAGUCCCUUAUUCAGGGUUGUCAGAAUCAGACAUUCAUGACCACCUACAGAUGGGAAAACGACCGCCGCUGACGGAUGAGCUGGAGGUGUUGGGUUUGCCAGAGGAUCCUGCAAUGGCUCAAUCUGGUACAGAGCCAGGUCAACCAGAGGCAGAAUUAGAAACUUUGAAUUUCCUUGUUAAUAUUUACCGCCGAUGCACCAAGAAUAAUCCGACUGAUCGUCCAACAGCCGAGAACCUCUAUGACAUGUUGCUUGCCCACACAAGCUCUUUCACUGGCUCAAGAAGCUUGGAACAAGGGUAGUUUGUGAUCUAGGUAAUAAUUCAUUCCCAUUCCCAAAUUUUGUAGCCCUAGGAUGUAGAAUUACAUUAAAUCCUUUAUUCCCGGGACCAAAUAUUUGGGUUUGCCCAAGAGUCAUUUUGACCUUCCCGUGGCACUGAUUAAUGUAACAACCACUUUUGCUAAAUUAUUUCCUUUAUACGAGCCUUAUCCAGGCGUCUGCGACAUCUGAUGAUAUGUUAUUGGCCAUAAUGAAAAUUGUUGUUCUGUUAGGGUAGGUAACCAAACACACCCUAGGUUUCUGCAAUAUUAUUCAUUGAUGUAUUUCUUGUUGAGGAUGGUAGAUCUGGUUAAAUUGUCAAAGCAUUUCAAUUUUUCAUGAGUUCA